CUCAGUCUCAAAAUUUCUGCAGGAAUUUUCUAGUACUGAAUUUGCUGAGCAGUGUCAGUAAUAAUGCAUGGGGGCGACGUGCCAGAGUGAGUCACACUCAAAAUUUCUUUAGAAAUUUUCUAGUAAAUAGAUCUGUAAUUGUGAAAUGAAUCUUUUUCUCCAGAGUUGUUAAAGCUAAAGAAGAUUUUAUGUGAUUUAACGUUACAUUUGUGAGGUGAAAUGAGGCUGUAACGACAGUCCACCUACAUCUUCAUUGGAAAUGAAAUCAUGGUUUAGCAUGUUUGUAUACAACAGUGUCGUCGACAUACAUUUGCCCUUUCUGUGGAAGCUCAUUAACAUAUACAGAGAGCAGAGAGAAAGACAGAACACAGGUUAGUGUAUGGCCCUACACAAAUGCAUAUGGACAUUAGCAUACAUACAUACAUACCCCCGAAGCAGCGGGCUGCCACCGGCCGCCGGUGGCCGGUUACAGCCGGCGAAGUGCGUCCCCCCGCCGGGGGAGGCAGCGGCCUCCCUCCCUGGCGGGUCCGCACCCGGGCUGCCGCCGGCAGCCGGCGAAGUGCGUCCCCCCGCCGGGGGAGGCAGCGGCCUCCCUCCCUGGCGGGUCCGCACCCGGGCUGCCGCCGGCAGCCGGCGAAGUGCGUCCCCCCGCCGGGGGAAGCAGCGACCUCCCUCCCUGGCGGGUCCGCACCCGGGCUGCCGCCGGCAGCCGGCGAAGUGCGCACUAUCAGUAAACUGGUUCCUAUUUAUAAACUUUUUAGAUGUCACAGAUGAUGUCACUGAUGAUGUCAUAAGCCACAUGACCUCACCAGAGAACGGAGCCAGAGAACUUCACGUGACCUGUGACAUCAUAGGUCACAUGACCUCACCGGUGGGGAUGUUGCAUCAGCACAUAAACAGGAUUCCAUGACUCAAACAUGCUCAA